AUUGAGAACUCUUGAAAAUACGAUCUGUCAAGUGUCAAUCUCACUCAGGAAAUUCUAAAUAAAAACAAAAAAUAUUACAGUAAAACCAACUAAACAAUAAAUUAAAAACACAACGACACUGUUACGCAAUAGUAGGUUCGAUACGAUAACUACGUAUUUGAGGGCAGGAGUGAUAAAAUUAGCUUUCAAGUGUCUGCCUAAACAAUCGAACACUAUAAAUAAAUAUCAUUCUUCAUUAUUUAACUAUAAUGAAUUCGCUAUUAUUUGUGGGGACUGAAGAUAGAUAUAAUGGAAUUACGGUAGAUUCUGAAAAAGAAUCUUGUGAAGAAAAUAGUUUUUUAGGCAAACUAACAGAGUCCCUAAAAAAAUGGGAAGAAGAGGAGAAGAGGUGCAUAUGGUUCAAAGUAAAUAUCAGAAAUGCAGAAUGGGUGCCAAUACUUGCCAGAGCAGGCUUUGAUUUUCAUCAUUCAAGAGACAGCUUUGUUAUGAUGUACAAGUGGCUGCCCACCAACAGCAAAGCAAAUUUGCCACCCCCUAGUCACACUAAUUUGGGUGUUGGCGGUAUUGUCUUCAAUGAUAAAAGACAGUUGCUGGUUGUCAUGGAAAACCAUUACUUGGAAUAUCCCCAUUGGAAACUUCCUGGAGGGUAUGUGGAAAGAGGUGAAGAUAUAAAAGAUGCUGCCAUACGAGAAGUAAAAGAAGAGACUGGAGUUGAUGCAGAAUUUGAGUCGCUGGUUACUCUCAGACAUACUCACAAUAUGAUGUUUGGAAACUCUGAUAUAUAUAUGGUGGUCAUACUCAAAGCUACCUCAGAAGUAAUCACUAAAUCUGAUAUUGAAAUAAAGGAUUGUAAAUGGAUGGACAUAGAAGAAUAUUUAAAUCAUCCAAAUGUGCAUGAAUUCAAUAGAUUUAUUAUCAAACAAGCAUUGGAUUUAAAAAAAAGGAACAUAAAGCUAUCUCUCACCAAGAAUGAAUUAAAAAUAUCUAAAUGGACACGAGAAAUUACAUCUCUUGUUGUAGAAAAUUUAUGA